AUGGACAAUGCUACUCAGAUUCAAGAGCUAAGAACGGAUGGGUACAUUCAAAAGGUUCAAGAAAUACAAGCAUGUCCGUAUGUACAUUUAAUGUGAAACCCUCCAUCGCUCGAAAUUAUUUUUGAACCACUAGCAUAAGUCGGUCAUGUAAUAGAGGCUUACCUUGUCAUAGUUUAAGAUAACGCUUGAUGAUAUAUAUGUGUAUUUUUUAUCCAAUCAUAUAGAUCUGAAAAACAGAAGAAGGCAAAGCGUGUGGAAUUUGGAAUAACUGAAAAAGGAGGGGCGUUUGACGGACUGAAGUGUUUCAGUGGGAACAAGUAAGUGAUGCAUCAUUAAUACCUGGAAAAGACGAGCUGGUAGAGACGGUAGUCCUAACCUACUUUCUUUUGCAGCAAAACACCAAUUGAAAUACUUCACACGAUACUCCUUGGACCUGUGAAGUAUUUGCUCACCAAUACAAUACAAUCUUUAAAUCAAUGACAGAAAGACCGGCUGCAUGCAAAAAUCUCCUCAUUUGACAUGUGCGCAUUUCCAGCUAAAAUAAGGGGAAUAUCACAAGGAAUUAUGGUUCCUACGUUGGAAGGGAUUUCAAUAUCUGCACUGAUUCCAAAUCACCCACUGAAGUCACUAUUUAUUGUUGGCUCACCCAAUGAUAAUUUCUUACUAUACAGUAAGUAAAAAGUAAUAUGAGAUUUUUACCUUGUAAUUAUACGAGCUUACAGGCAUCAGAAAAGCUAAUGAAGGCAGCUGAAGAUCCAAAAAUGCAGCAGUUUAUCAACAAUACAGCCAAAAAAGAUAGCCUCAAGAGCAAGACAAUAUACCAAUCUGGAUGUCUACGAAAAGUUAAACUACUUACUUUAACCCAUUUCUAACCCAAGCUUACAUGAAUCACAAAACUUAUAAGAUGAUCUAACCCCUUCGUUCUGUUAAUGGCUGAAUAACAUUUUUUUGUUUAUGAACAGAGUUACAUAGUCGGCUACUCAUAUGUCCAUUAGCUAGUGUGUCUCAAUGUUUAUGAUGAACAGCAGGCAAUAUAUACAAUGUUACCAACCAACCAGUAGGGAAGUAAACAGCUUUGCAAUCAUGUACAUUCAUGGAUUCGAUUCGUGCAAUCUUUGACAGACCAUUUCGACGGGCUUGCCAAAAUUGUUCAAAUCCAUGACUACAAAAGCUAAUUUACCAAUCGAUCAUUAGACAAACACACAAUAUUUAUAUUUGAUAUUAAUUAAUUAAUUUUGUAGGGAGUGUAUGUAAAGGGUAAACUUCAGAGCAGGGCACUAAAUCAGUGCUUCCCUGCAGCAAUAAUUGAGAAAACUGGGCACAUUGGUGAAGAACCCUGCAUACUUUUCAAUGGAGUAGUAAGUGAGAACCUAACACUGGUCAACUCAGAAACACCAGUUGUAUAUGUGGAUAACAGCCAACAGGUUUGUUAUAAUUUUGACAAAAUCUAGUAUGUAACAUAUCAUUUGGAAGCAUGUUGAGACUACGUACCAGUGCUGCCAGUUUUAAUUGGAGUAAAUGAUGUGAAUAUUUCCCAAUCCUGCUUUGAGUAAUCUCUAUGUUCACCUAUCUAUAAUCAAUGAUAAAUAAAUGCCCUUUUUCAUAGGAUCAAGUUAAAUUUAUGAUACCAUACAAGGAGUUUAUUACUAUUACAUUUCAUUGCAGCAUCAUAUUGGGAUUUUCAAGAAGGGUUUUCAAAUGGAGGGACAUGAAGAUUCUUUGGUGGGAUUGAGAAGAUGGAAUUCUGUAAAAAUGAACCCCAAGAGAUCAUUAUGGGAAGUUUCCAGUGCCCCAAAGUGA